AUGUUUAUUCACCAACUCCUAUUUAUGGGACUACUAGUGCUCUCUGUUGUUGCCUCUGUUGCACCAAUUGUCAUUCGUGGCAACAAAUUUUUUAAUUCUAGCGACGGGAGCCAGUUCUUUAUUAAGGGUGUCGCUUACCAAAGAAAUCGAAGAGAAGGUGAGGUGUACGACGUGACAUUGGGCCCUAGAUAUAUUGAUUCGCUCGCCGAACCUUCGCUUUGUCUCAGAGACUUGGAGUACUUAAAGGAACUCGGCGUGAACACCGUACGAGUGUACCAAAUCGAUCCUGACCAGAGUCACGAUGUAUGUAUGAACGCAUUUGCAAACAGUGGCAUAUACGUAUUGGCUGACCUUGGAGAGCCGGAACAGUCUAUCAACAGAGACGACCCUCAUUGGGAUCUCGACUUGUACGAGCGAUUCACAAGUGUAGUGGAUGCAAUGAGCUCAUAUCCUAAUGUUCUCGGGUUCUACAUCGGAAACGAGGUGAUCACCUCACCUCUGAACUCUAAUUCUGCCCCGUUCGUCAAGGCUGCUGUAAGAGAUAUCAAGCGGUAUGUGAGAAAUAUGGGGUAUAGAGGGAUACCCAUUGGAUACUCCAGCAACGAUGACACAGCCACCCGACUAGAACUGGCAAACUACUUUGUAUGUGACGAGUAUAAUGGAACAGAUUCCGCUGUUGAUUUCUACUCGCUAAACAUGUUCGAAUGGUGCGGCUAUUCGUCAUUUGCAACUUCAGGAUACAAAGAACGAACUAUUGAGUUCGCUCAGUUGCCCGUACCAGUGUUCUUCAGUGAGUUUGGUUGCAAUACGGUUAGUCCUCGGCCCUUUACCGAAAUGGAAUCCUUGUAUGGGCCCUCGAUGCUGAAGGUAUGGUCUGGGGGCAUUGUCUAUGAAUUCUUCCAGAACGAAAACAAGUAUGGCCUUGUUGAAGAAACUAGUCCAGGUGUUUUGCGCAAACUUGAUGAUUAUAGGAUUGUCCAGCUUCGUUUCAUGGAAUCGAGACCUGUAGGCGUACAAAAGAGUUGGAAUACGGAAUCUAGAAGAGGACAAGUGAAGUGCCCAGUUGUCUCUUCCACAUGGAAUGCCCUGCUGAUUCUCCCUAAAUUUCCACUGCUUGAAGUUUGCGAGUGUUUGGAUGCAUCUUUAUCGUGUAUUCUCACUCCAUACGUCAGGAUUCACGAAACGGAUCUUCUUUACGAGGUUUGCCUGGUGACAGACUGCCUGAAAAUCAUUGGCAAUGGGUCCCAGGGGAAGUACGGAGUGUUUUCUGUAUGUGGUAUCAAGCAGAGGAUCUCAUAUGCAUUGAAUAAGCAUUGGGUACAAAAUGACAGGAAUCCCAAUGCAUGUAACUUUGGAUCCCGGGCCGUGUUGAUCACCAACAAGGAAGAUGCUUCAGUGGACUCCACAUUUACUGCUGACGGGAAAAAUUGUCGAGACAUAUUAGGCAAAUGUUUGGAUUCAAUGCAGAAGCCCACGGUUGUCGUCCCACUGAGCACAAGUCAAGUCAGCGUUGCUCUGACAGGAAUUAAGUUUGUUCAAUCUAGAAGCAAGGGUGGAAGUAUGCGAGUUACACAUUUAGGGGUAGCAGCUAUUGGUGUCCUCGUGUUAUCGUCGAUAUAUUUGGCUACAUAA